AUGGACGGAGAUGUGUUUGAUGAGGUUGAGUCCAUGGUCCAAAUGGAAGGGGUCAAAGAAAUUGAGGUGGCCCAAGAAAUUCCAAAGGAACGGAAUACCCAACCUUGCAUCAUGGUGCCCAAAAACGGAGGAAAAAUUGCCUACGAAGUCCUCAUGGAUAUGGGGGCUAUGGUCAACAUCCUACCAGCCUCAAUCAUGAGGAAAUUAAAGAAAGGCUCAGAUGAAUUAAUUCCAACAGAGACAACGGUCAGUGAGUUCGUGGGAGACACCACAACUUCAAAGAGGAUUAUCCCACUUCAAGUUAGAGUGAGGCAAAAGGAAGAGAAUAAGGCCGCGGUGGAAGACCCUUUGAGACGGCUAUACGAGUUUUGGGCCAAAAGAGUGGCCGAGCAUGGGUCCACCACCAACUUAGUGAAAUUUCUUCAUAAAGGUCCGAAAGAUGAUGCACUCGAGCUCGAGGAAGUAGAGUUGGCGCCAAGCGAGAUGGAUGAUUCGAAGGUAGAAGUCCAAGGCCCUUUGGUGGAAAUCAACUUAGGGAUGGAAGACAACCAUCGACCAAUCUACGUUAGGUCUAAUGGAGCCAGAACUUCGGGCCAAGAUGGAAGGCUUUUGAGAGAGUUUAAGGAUUGCUUCGCUUGGGAAUACACCGAGAUGCCCUGA